UUUCCAUGUAUGGGGCGUUGAUUGCUAUUUUCGGCCGAGACCAAUAUGGAUAAGAAGACCCUCGAUUUCUUCUACCUCGUCACUCUUUACUGGCUGUUGAACAAUCGACUACUUGAGAGUGUCACUUCGCCAAAUAUAUUUACGAGGAGGUAAUUUUUAAUUAUCAAACAUGUGCGACGAUGAUGUUGCGGCCCUUGUAGUCGAUAACGGAUCUGGAAUGUGCAAAGCUGGGUUUGCUGGAGAUGAUGCUCCUCGAGCAGUUUUUCCAUCAAUUGUUGGUCGUCCAAGACAUCAGGGUGUAAUGGUGGGCAUGGGACAGAAAGAUAGUUAUGUUGGAGACGAAGCUCAGAGCAAAAGAGGAAUUUUAACACUGAAAUAUCCAAUCGAACAUGGAAUUAUCACUAAUUGGGAUGACAUGGAAAAGAUUUGGCAUCAUACAUUUUAUAAUGAAUUACGUGUAGCUCCUGAGGAGCACCCUGUUUUAUUGACUGAAGCUCCACUUAAUCCUAAAGCUAAUCGAGAAAAAAUGACACAAAUCAUGUUUGAAACCUUCAAUAGCCCAGCUAUGUAUGUCGCUAUUCAAGCGGUUCUUUCUCUGUAUGCUUCUGGUCGUACCACUGGUAUUGUACUGGAUUCUGGAGAUGGAGUUUCUCACACUGUACCAAUUUACGAAGGAUACGCUUUGCCUCAUGCAAUUCUUCGUUUGGAUUUAGCAGGUCGCGACUUAACUGACUAUUUGAUGAAAAUUUUGACUGAAAGAGGUUAUUCAUUCACAACAACAGCUGAACGAGAAAUCGUGCGAGAUAUUAAAGAAAAACUUUGCUACGUAGCUUUGGACUUUGAGCAGGAAAUGGCAACAGCAGCCGCAAGUACUUCACUUGAAAAAAGUUAUGAAUUACCAGAUGGUCAAGUUAUUACUAUUGGAAAUGAAAGAUUUCGAUGUCCAGAAGCUUUAUUUCAACCAUCAUUCUUAGGCAUGGAAUCUUGCGGAAUUCAUGAAACUGUUUAUAAUUCAAUUAUGAAAUGCGAUGUCGAUAUUCGCAAAGAUUUGUAUGCCAAUACAGUACUAUCCGGAGGUACGACUAUGUACCCAGGUAUUGCGGAUAGAAUGCAAAAGGAAAUAACAGCACUAGCUCCAUCAACUAUCAAAAUCAAGAUCAUAGCUCCUCCUGAAAGGAAAUAUUCAGUUUGGAUUGGUGGUUCAAUUUUAGCUUCGUUAUCCACUUUCCAACAAAUGUGGAUUUCAAAACAAGAAUAUGAUGAAUCUGGUCCUGGAAUCGUGCAUCGCAAAUGCUUUUAAAAUGUAUUGAUCAUAACUAUUAUUUUUAUUUUGUGAUGCUCUACGAAGAACCUCUAAUAUGAUAUUUAUUUAACUCUUUCAAGAAAUGUCCAUUUUCCUGUUUUUUUCUUAUCCCCGCACAUGCGUGCACAUACACACACAUACACACACACACAUAUCUAUAUGCAACAUUUAUCAUUACAAGUAAAAUCUGUUGAAAAAAUUCAAUCACAAUUAUAGUUGUAUCGUUUCAAAUAUUUCAUACAAUGAAUAAUUUAUUCAUAUUUUUGUAAAUACUUUGUGUUUUGUAUCCCGAUAGUAAAUUACUAUGUAAUAAA